GUGAGGCUGGCGCCAGUAUUAUUCGAGUCUCAAAAGAAGCCCGGAAGAGGUUUUUGGGCCCACUCCACCCAUCUUUCAACUUGGUGAAGAUCAUUCGCAUCUGCCUGUCCAAGACUGUGCCAGAGAACGGGCAUGAGGUUGCAGCAGGUCGCUUGGGUAUCUCCCUGACACGGGUCUCCGAUGGAGAAAACGUCAUACUGUCAGACUUCAAUUCCAAGGAGGAGCUGAUCCAGGCCUGUGUCUGCAGCACCUUUAUCCCUGUCUACUGUGGGCUGAUACCUCCAACCUUGCGUGGAGUG